UCCCACUCAGCCCCUGCUGCUGUGGUUCUGCUGCCUGUGAGCGCGUCCUCUCAUUGCACUGGAAUAUACAGCGUGCCUAUAUGCGCAAAACCAUGGAGAUUAUAUGACGUGGAUUUAUUUUUUGAACAAAACUGGACAUCUACAAAAGCGACGUUCCCUCUUCCUUUAAUUCAUUUUGCAUUGCUUUUGUUUGCGUUCAUCUGUUCCGUUCUUUUGUUUGAUCUAUGGCUACUUUGUGAUUUCAUGUCCUUAGCGAUCCUUCCUUAUUUUCAUUUUCACUUGCACUUCUUUUUUGGUCCGUUUUGGAGACGCAGAAGUGGGAUGCCUCGCAGAGAACAUUUGUGGGGAGAAGAAUCCGCGCAUCAGCGAGGGUGAAUGAAUGAUAGUCUCCCUCUCCAUUUGAGACGUGCCAUGGAUGGGAAACUUAAUUUGUAUCCACGGAACCGAUCGGGGAAUAGCCGUCGCAUCAAAUAACUACUGCUGACAGCGAUCAGGACGAAUGUCAUAGGAUGAACACUGCUGGUGGGGUGUGUCUGUCUGUGCUGUCCUCUCUCCUGGCUGUGGCUGGGGCCCUGGCUGCCUUGUCUGCCCUUGCUCUAGUUCCUCUCUCUGCCCUGGCUGAAGUUGCCUAUGGGGCUGCCGACGGCGUCCCCAGCACCGGGGCAGAGGGUGCCCCCUCGCCGAUCUCCACACCAUGUUCUAGCCUUGUAGCUGGGGUGCUCUAUGGCUCUUUCUCCCUAAGGGAGCUCUUUCCCUCCAGGGCACCAGGCUGUUCCUGGUCCCUAGAAAACCCUGAUCCCACAAAGUACUCCCUCUACCUCCGCUUCACCCGGCACCCUAUCAUCUGCCGGACACACUCCCCCAUGCUCCUCUCCCUUGACCACCACCUGGCUAAUCAAAGCUGUCCCCUUCACAUACAAACAGCUGCUGUCAGGGAUCAGGAAAUCAUUGAUCUCUGUGGCAGCCAAAGCAACAUAGAGGAACCGUACUCCUUCCUACAGUUUGAUAAGAACUUUGUCCAGCUAUGUCUAACUAGACAUCCAGCUGCGGAUGAGCCUCAGGUAUCUAAGGAAUUGCUUGAGCUGAGGCUGGUAGAGGUGUUACUCAUCAACAACGAGAACUCCAGUCAAUUUACCUGUGGCGUGCUCUGCCGAUGGUUUGAGGAGUGUUUACGCACAGGUCACAAUGAAGACCAGGAGGUAUCUGACGGAGAUGGUUGUGGGAUGACCCAGACGGGAUGUAUCUGUCCAAACCACAACAUCAUGGCACCACCUAUUCCGUUGCUCCCCGAGACGCCCCAUAGUUUCAACAAUGUCUCGCUCGUUCCUGACGACUGCUGCGUCACUGAGCUGCAUUCCAAUGAAGCAAUCGUGAUCGCACCCAGAGAUGUUCGACAAGACCCAUAUGAUGAAGAUGAUCUGAAGGUGAAGACCCAGAGACCUCGAUCAGCUGACCAGCCAGGUGUGUUUCAGGCACAAACUGGUGACCCUGCGGCAGAGGAGUGGUCACAGUGGAGUGUGUGUUCUCUCACAUGCGGGCAAGGCUGGCAAGUGAGGACGCGGUCAUGCGUUUCUUCUCCCUAUGGGACACUGUGCAGCGGAGCCCUGAGGGAAACGCGCAUGUGCAACAACACCGCUUCCUGUCCCGGUGAACCUGGGAUCACUGGAUCAGUGCAUGGGCUGUGGGAGGAGUGGUCGUCAUGGAGUCUGUGCUCUGUGACCUGUGGGCGGGGCUCCAGGACUCGAACCAGGAAGUGUGUGAACGGAGGCGGGGCCGUGGCUUGUGGAUGGCCCGAGAUUCAGACAAAACCCUGCAACAUAGCAGUGUGUCCUGUGGAGGGCCAGUGGUUGGAGUGGGGGCCGUGGUUGAAAUGCAGCGUGACUUGUAACACGGGAACCCAGCAGAGGCAAAGGCGCUGCAGUGCGUCGGUGCACGGCUGGGCUGAAUGUAAGGGCACCCAUCAGGAGAGCAGAGACUGCACCAACCCUUCCUGCAGUGGUGGAGGUAACUGGGGCAGCUGGAACCACUGGAGCCUCUGCAGCAAGACAUGUGACUCGGGUUGGCAGCGUCGCUUCCGGAUGUGUGAGGCCACCGGAACAGAGGGCUACCCCUGCGACGGCUCGGGAGAGGAGGUCCGGUCCUGUAAUGAGAAGAAGUGCCCUGCUCCUCAUGAGAUAUGUAACGAAGAGCACCUUCUCUCCAUGUCAUGGAAGAGAGCCUCAGCUGGAGAAACUGUCUACAACAAGUGUCCAACUAACGCCACUGGAUCUGCUAGUCGUCGUUGCAUGCUGGACAAUAAUGGAGUUGCUUUCUGGGGUCCUCCGAGCUUCGCCAGAUGCGUCUCACUUGAAUAUAGAUAUCUACAUUUAUCUUUACGAGAGCAUCUCGCGAAGGGUCAGAGGACCCUGGCUGGGGAGGGCAUGUCUCAGAUCGUAAGGACUCUCCUGGAGCUCUUGCAGAGGAGGAGCUACUACAGUGGCGACCUUCUCUUUUCCACGGAGAUCCUGCGAAAUGUGACGGACACCUUCAAAAGAGCAACCUACGUCCCAGCUCCCGACGACGUGCAGAAACUCUUCCAGGUAGUCAGCCUCAUGUUGGACAUGGACAAUAUAGAGAAAUGGGAGGACGCCCACCAGGUCGCUCCCGGUGCUGCUUUGCUGAUGAGGAUAAUAGAAGAUUUCAUUCACCUCAUUGGAGAAUCCCAGAAGCCUUUCCAGAGUUUCUUGGUGGUUACCAACAACCUCAUGAUAACUGUCCAGCGAGAGCCGGUCUCAGCCGUUUCCAGCGAUAUCAACUUCCCCAUGAAGGGCCGGAGAGGGAUGAAGGACUGGGCCAGAACAGCAGAGGACAAGCUCUACAUCCCUAAAGAGGUCUUCACCACCCCCUCUGAAGAGAUGGAGACUGAGUCAGAGUUUCCAAUGUACUAUGUCAUCGGAGCCAUCUUGUACAGGACGUUGGGCGCCAUCUUACCUGCACCAAACCCCCCUGCGGUGCUCAACUCCAAGAUCCUGACGGUGACAGUACGGCCGGAACCGCAGCUCAGCAAACCCAUGGUGGUGGUGGAGCUGUCGCCACUUUUUAAUGGUACAUCAGAUCCACAGUGCAUUGUCUGGGACUAUGGCAACCCGGAAGCUGGCGCGGAAAACUGGGGCACAGAAGGCUGCCAAACGCUCGCGUCAACCACUGUCCACACCAAAUGCCUGUGCAGCAGGAUAUCCACCUACGCCGUGUUAGCGCAGCAAGCUAAAGACCCGAACAUGGGUCCUACCAGCAUGCCCUCUGUGCCCCUCAUGGUGGGCUGUGGGGUCUCCUGCACUGCUCUGCUCAUCCUGCUGCUAAUAUACGCUGCCUUCUGGAGGUACAUACGCUCGGAGAGAUCCAUCAUCUUGGUGAACUUUUGCCUCUCCAUCUUGGCCUCCAACUUAUUGAUUUUGGUGGGACAAUCUCAAACGCUCAGCAAGGGCCUCUGUACUGUGACUGCUGCCUUCCUGCAUUUCUUCUUCCUGGCGUCCUUCUGCUGGGUGCUGACGGAGGCGUGGCAGUCCUAUCUAGCCGUCAUUGGCAAAAUGAGGUCACGGCUCAUUCGCAAGCGUUUCCUGUGCCUCGGCUGGGGUCUUCCAGCCCUAGUUGUAGCCGUGUCAGUGGGUUUCACCAGAGCAAGAGGAUACGGCACAGUCAGCUAUUGCUGGUUGUCCUUGGAGGGCGGUCUGCUUUAUGCCUUUGUUGGGCCCGCUGCUGUCAUUGUAUUGGUGAAUAUGCUCAUUGGAAUCGUGGUGUUUAACAAGCUCAUGUCUCGAGACGGCAUCUCAGACAAGUCUAAAAAGCAGCGAGCAGGUGUCCCAGCGGAGGCGCGUAGCCGACUGCUCCUGAAAUGCUCCAAGUGUGGCGUGAUCUCGAGCACCGCUCUGUCCAGCCAGACUGCCAGCAGCGCCAUGGCGUCUCUGUGGAGUUCCUGCGUAGUUCUUCCCCUGUUAGCAUUAACCUGGAUGUCAGCAGUGCUGGCCAUAACCGACCGGCGCUCCACACUCUUCCAGGUUCUCUUUGCCGUCUUUGACUCCGUCCAAGGUUUCGUCAUCAUCACCGUCCACUGCGCAAUGCGCCGAGAGGUGCAGGAUGCGGUGCGCUGUAGGAUGGGGGGAUGUAAAGAUGACAGCGAAAACUCCCCAGACUCUUGCAAGAAUGGACAGGUGCAGAUCAUGAAUUGUCCAAAUGUGAGCUACUGUGGGCAGCAGUGUGGCUCUCUGCGUUAUGGCACACCCCCGUGCCUGUUGGGUUCCCACCCACAGCAGUUCCCACCGACGGCCCACCAGGCAUGCCAGCAAGCCUGUUACCACAGUCUGCCCCGCAACAACCAGGGGCUCGAGUACAGUCACGCCCUCGGCCACUCCCAUGAGCAUAGCCCCAUCCUGAACAAUACCCACAACCACGCUCAUAACCAUAACCACGUCACCCACAACCACAUCGGCAGCCUACCAACGGAUUUUGAGAAGGAUGUGGACUUGGCAUGUCAAACAGAGAGAGGACACCCAUUCAUAUUCAAGGAGGUCAACACCUGUAACCCGGCCACCAUCACUGGAACCCUUUCCCGCAUCUCCCUGGAUGACGAGGAUGAUCUUAAACUGGCAGCCCAUCAGGAAGGGGUCAAUUUCAGCUCCCUCCCUGGAAACAUCCCCCCUCCCAACCUCAUCGUACAGGUUCCAACCCUCGGAGGCCUGAAUGAGCUGAGCGAGACGUCCCUAAAGAAGGACGUGAACAUAGAUCAGCAGAGACAGCAGGGGCAGCAACACAGCGGCGCUCCAAUCUACCUGUGCACCGAGAGUGGCCUGGGCUGGGCUCGACCGCCCCCUUCCUCCAACACCUCCCAGGACGGAAGUGCCGGAAGCGGGGGCAGUGGAGGAGGAGGAAAUGGAGGAGGCGGGGAGGGAGACUACAUGGUCUUACCUCGUAGGACGGUCAGUCUCAAACCUCCAGCGCCCUCCUCCCAAGGAGGAGGCCUGGGAUUGGGGGGCGAGGACAAGCCUCUCAACAUCGCAGUGGAGGAUCCUCCCUUCCCCCCGCCUCCUUCACCCCUGACCCUCCACCCAGCUGAGAGUGAGGCGUACCCGGUGGAUUUUGUGCCGUCAAGCGUGGGUGAAAUGAACAUCGCCAUGAACCUCAACCGCUCUUAUGGGACGAUCAAAACCAUGCCCCACGGGCACGCCCAUAUGAUGGCUCAGGGUGGACUUGUACACUCCCACGGAGGACACAUGCACUCCCACGGGCAUUCGCUCCAGCUGAAGCCGGGCCAGAGACCGUCGGUCAGACAGAUUCUGACAAGUGGAACCACAGUGGAGAGAACCAGGACCCUGCCACGCAACUUGGGUAGCACCAAUGCCAACAGCAGCCACUCAGCAGGAUCCUUGGAGAGGAAAAGAGUACGGUACUCUGAGCUGGACUUCGAGAAAGUGAUGCACACUCGCAAAAGACAUUCUGAGCUGUACCAUGAGCUCAACCACUCGUCCAAGUUCCACACCAUAGACAGGUAUAGCAGGGACCCAGCCAUGUCCACAUUCAAGAGGGAAAAGCGAUGGAGCAUUUCGUCUGCCGGAGGUGAAAAGAACUCGUCGAGUGACAAGUCAACCCCGGAGGAACAGAGUUCCUGGGACAGCUUCAAGACCAUGACCCCCGAGCUGUCCAUCGUGCCUGGGGAGCAGAAAGACCGAAUGGAGCUGCACAAUAAGAACUGGGACUCCUCUUCCGCUAACACGCCUGACUCGUCCGAGGGAGACUUCCAGACUGAAGUGUGAAGACACACACACACGUACUCACACUCACUUGAAUUUGCACGCACUCAUGCCGAGGCGAACUUCUGAAAAGCUAUACAUAAGUACAUGAUUUCUCGCAAAGAUCUCACCACACACUGCUCCCCGUCUCCUGCAACGUGCUCUGUCGGAUCCCAUACUUAUUGUUUACUGCUGCAAUGGACAGACAUGGAAAGAAGACUGUUCUACCCUAUAUUUUCGCAAAGACUAUUGAAGAAAGAGAACAGGGGCACGUCUGGGAGUGGAGAAGAUUUUUAAAUGAACUUAAAAAAAAACUAUGAAAAACUUGUUUCUGAGAAAAAUGUCUUGAUUUUAUUCUGGCGAAAAAAAGAAAAUCUCUUUCAAUUGUUUGAUGAUUUUGGGGGAAAAAAGAUGAAUAUUUCUGCACCAUUCAGUUCUUUUAUAGCAAGGGGAAAACAAUCUCAAUGAGGUUUCUCACACUGGUAGCCCCCCUAGGCACCCUGCUUUCAUUUAUUUUAUUUUUCCUUCUAAUGGAUGACGGAAGCAUUCUAUCUCUCAGUCUUUCCUUUUUGUUUUCUUUUUGUUUCUUCUUUUCAUCAUUUUGGAUGGAUAGGGGAAGAGCUGCUCAUUGAUAUGUGAUAUCCUCUCUGCUUUUUUUUUUUUUUCAGGCUCCAGUUCAACAAUCCCAUCCAUCCAUUAAUCACACAUCCUCUGUGUCAACAUUGUAUUCCCCCUUUGUAUGUGUAUUUUAUAUGGUUUAGUUAAAAAAAAAAAAUGUCCUCCUCUAUGGUUUGAAACUUUUAAUGAAAAAAAUAAUAUGAUUGAAACAACUGUUCAAGAAGAAUUGAUUUAUUUUGAUUUCUGAUUUGAUUUCUGCUGCCUAUUUUUAUUUGAUUUUUUCUUCCUUUUCAUUUCCUGAGAGAAUUAACCAGUUUGGAAAAAAAAAAAAAAAAAAAGAUUUAGGACACACACAGCACAUAAAUGUGAGCUUACUUUCUGAGUGGCACAUGUUAUCCAACCAUGAGGGAAAAUAAGGAUAGUGAUCGUCAUGCAGAUUCUCACAUCUCCUUCUUUUUUUCCCCAGUGCUUGGAGAUAAAAGCCUUUAAAGAUUGCAGCAUCUGAAUCCAUUUCAGCCAUCCCCAAUCACAGCGAAAAACAGAUAACUCAGUCGUUUUCAGCCCAAAUAGAAUCUGUGCAAGCUCUUUUUAGCAUCACUCAUUCCGCAAAAAUGUACGCUUAUGCCGCUGAGUGAACUCGAUUUAGCUGCUAACUCGCUCUUCCCUUGUUACUGAUGGUAUAUUGUUAGCUUCAUGUGACCUAAGUAGGUUUUCUACUUUCCCCAUCAUAGAUUUAAACAUAAACAUGCCUUCCUUUGCCGUAGUCUACCACCUACUUCUCGUUUCUCCUUCUCCUGCUGCCCACCCGGCGUCGUGCUACCAGGAGGCAUGAAAUCUUAAUGUAAGCAGUGAAGCCAGAUGUAUAAUUCCUCCUUCACACGGGUCCCCAUCCUUGUCAUUUAAUCCUGCACUUGUGAGCACAGCAGCUGCGGAAAGAGAGUGUAAUAUAAAGACGGAGUCACAGAGGUUAUGAGGCUACAAGGUGGCAGGCUGAAGAGAAAACAGCAACAACAACAAAAGUCAGUGGUGAUGCUCCCUGCUUGAUAUUCUACAUCUGUACUUCGGUCACUACAAGAGGACAACCAGUUUCCUGCUGUUGCUACAUUAGCACAUCAGCCCCCCCACACACAGAGAAAGUGUCAGAGUGCAGGAUGGAUUCAAUAGAUGGCUCGAUAACUUUUCUGUCUAUGCUCAAUGCAGCUGCUAUUAAUCUAACAGUCUGCAGAAUGAGGCGAGAGACAAGUUAAGGAGAAAAAAGUGAAAGAGACAAUGGUAGGCAAGGAUAAAGAUCCCAACAUAUAUAACGAGAAAGCUUGAGGCAGGCAGAGAUGCACAUUAAGAAGAGGAGUGCUCAAAACUGUAAUUAUCCAGGGAUGGCGAUUUGUCCUGACAUUUUCCAAUGCAGCCCUCAAACCAUCUGUUUAAAGAUCCCUAAUGUGGGAGUAGUGCGGCGUGGCACAGAUGGUGAGACAAGAGUGCGGCCCUCCUAACCUUUCAAGUUAAUCAGCUGAUAGGCAAACAUACAGCUCUACUCCCUCUCAGAGGAGCGAGAUAGGUUUGGCCCCCAGGUUGCAGAGCUAUAAGGUCGCGUUCACCUGACCUUCUGCGAGGCUCGGAUCUACAGUACAGUGUAUCCAAACAGAAAAAGGCCGCGGCCUCCCACAGAACACAGUCUCAGUCAAUGGGUGUGAAUCUAUAGCGUAAGAAAACAUCAGUCUCAGGGGAAACGGAGAAUUCUUUUCUUUUUUUUAUAUAUAAAUAUAACUGUUUUAGCGAGAAAGCUCUAGAUGAAUUCUCUACAAAGCCUUGUUCCCAUGGUAACUUAGUAAUGGGAAGUAAGAAAAAAAGAAAUGUGUGAUGUCAGCGCAGGAUGAGAUUUUGUUAAUUACCUUUUUCUGUUUUUGAGCUUAUUCCAUAUUUUGAAUAGUGUGAUAGGUUUCACCUCAAUGAGGGCUGGACUUGGCUGGUUUUCAUCUUUAGGAACGGUAAGUUAGAUGCUGCUUGGUUGAAUGAGAUUGAGAUCAUCUUACAAUUUUACACUUUUCUUUUCUAUGAUGAUGAACUUUGGUAUGAUGCCAAUGCUAACUCAUGACGUGGACGGUAGGAGUAUGUUAGUAUGUCAUGUUGUUUUCACACCUAUGUGUAUUGAAAGCUUGCCAAACUCAAAAUAUGAAACGCAGGCAAGCCAAUUUCCAACUUCCAAAAACAGGCUCCAAAACCUACCAUGCUCACCUUCACCUCCACCCUUCAGCCUUUCGCUGCUUAGGUGUUCACCGACUGCUACAACCAUCCAACAUUCCAGUUGAUUUAUUACUGAAAACGCCUCUAUUUCCUUUUCUCUCUCAUUUUUGUUCUUUUUAUACAUAAGAUUGUACAAAGUAGUCCUCUAAUGUUUUCAUAGUGUCUUUUUAUAUGAAAAUAAAUUUUCAAAUUGA